AUGGCUGCUGUCCCAACAGAGGUUCUGGUCGUCGACGACCAAACCCAUGAAAUCCCCACCAAGACUGCUGUAGCUGAGCAAGUAAACGAAGUCUUAGACCUUGCGCCUCCCCUACUACCCACCGAGAAGAUUGGCCCGAUGGGCUGGGUCAGACUUGUUUUCCACUUUGAACUUCCCGAGAACUACGACUCUGAAGAGUUGACGAGCAUCUUCAAGAAGGCUUACUCUUCAUUCAAGGAGCGUGUUCCUAUUGCUGGCUGCGAGGCUGUUCCUACUCCCACAUACCUUGAGGAUGGUCUAUUACAGCUUCGUCACUACGGCAAUGAGAUCGAGCAUGACUUCAAGGUCAAGGAUCUCCGUAAUGAAGACUUUCCUACUUUCCAGGAGCUGAAGAGCCAAGGCUUCCCUGCUUCUGCUCUAGACCCUGAUGUCGUUUGUCAACGAGGACUUGGUGGUGAGUGGCCUGCUGCUGGUGUUGACAGACUGAACACCACCAUGAUGCAAGUGAACUUCAUCAAGGGCGGUCUUCUCCUCAACAUGCUCUUCCUCCAUGCUUUCAUCGAUGGCGCGUGCAUGUACAAGUUCACCGAGCUUCUGGCCGAGGAUGUCCGCAAAGCUCAAGGUCUUGCCAUCCCUGAGCCAGCUGAGAUUCCCGUCGCGGAUCGAGCCAAGAUCGCCAAGUCAUCCGGCGCCAAGCCUGGUAAGGCUGAGGACCAUGCUGAGUACCUCGAGGUUCCUUUCACACCGACUGGCCCUCCUGAGAAGCUUGCUUCACCUAUUGCCCACGGGCAUGUCUUCUACUUCUCCCCUGAGAAGAUUCAAGCCCUGAAGGAGCUUGCUUCCCCCUCCAACGCCAAGCUUUUCAAGUCCAACAAGGACAACUCCCCUUACAUUUCGACCAACGAUGCCCUCACAGCUCUUGUCUGGCGUUGCACAAUGAUGGCCCAGCACAAGCACAAGCAGGGCGAAGAUAAGUCGUCUGGACCUUCCAUGCUUGGUCUUGCUCUCGAUGCUCGUCGUCGCUAUGCUGGCCAGGAUGUCCACAAGCACACCAUCGGCAACAUCCUCGGUUUCGCACCUACUAUCAUGGACAUUCAAACACUAAUCAAUGAGGACGAGGCUACUCUGGCAGAUGUCGCUCUCGUCGUCCGGGCCACUGUCAACAAGUCCAAGGACUCAUACCUCGACAGCAUCACGGCCCGCGUCGAGCAACUCAACAACGUCGCCCGACUUGUUCCCACCAUCUUCCUCGACAUGCCUGGCAACCACGCCCUCCUCUCCUCGUGGAGAGAGUUUCCUUUUUACGAUAUUAACUGGGGUCCCGCCCUGGGUGACCGUAUGCAAGCCCUUCGACCCCCCAAGGUUGGAAUCACACACGCCAUGCACGUCCUUCUCCCCCACCGACUGGAGGCUGGUCCCGGUAUCGAAGUAUUUGUCAAUACCGAGAACAGCGCUAUGGAGGGUCUUAUGAAUGAUCCUUUCUGGAGACAGUAUGCUGAGGGACCUAUGCGUGUUUAA